UCCAAUAGCUACAAAUUAACACCACAAAAUGAGUGUAGAGGUUCUUGAUGGUGCCACAAUCCUUAGCUUCGUGGAAGACGAAGAAGCGUUCAGCGAAUUCAUCGCUGAGCGCUUCAACAAUCUCGAUAAAGAUCAUGAUGGCAUACUUUCUUAUUCAGAAAUGUUGAAAGAGUUGCAGGGGUUGAGGGUCUUCGAUACACAUUUUGGUAUCGAUGUGAAAACCGAUCCAAACGAGGUUUCUCGAGUUUAUAGUUCAAUCUUCGUUCAAUUCGAUCGCGACUCGAACGGGACGGUGGAUUUGGAAGAAUUUAAACAAGAGAUGAAGGAGAUGAUGAUGGCUAUGGCUAAUGGUUUAGGGUUCUUGCCAAUUCAAAUGGUACUUGAAGAAAAUAGUUUCUUGAAGAAAGCUGUUGAUAGGGAAUUAAAAUAUUACUCUAUUUAAUAAUAAUGGUUAAAUAUCUUAUAUUUUGUCGUAUCAAUUUUCUACACUUGGUUUAUGCAAUAUUAUUAAA